AACGAAUUUCGUGGUAGGAAGAUGAGCACCGCCGCCGCCGUGACUCGCGCCGGCGCAACCAUUCCAGACGAAAAUGCGACCAAGAAGCCUAAAUUGGACUUUGAAAGUCUGUACCAGAACUCGCUGCAGCUUACCCGGGGCAUGGACCAACUCCCUUCGCUCCAGCGCAGCCUCGACCAACUGCAUGCUGUCACGAGUGCCAAGUCGCUCGGGUCUUCCGCGGCGCCGUCCACAGCCACAAACAAGGCCCAGUUCCUCUUGGCUGGUCGAGGUUUUGACGCUGAGAAACUCAGUCGCGAGUUGCGCCAGCAUGAAUUGAAGGCAUCGUUUGAGCCCAAGGAAUCGCUCGGCGCGUGCGACUUUGACGGAUUCCUGCGCCACCACCACGAGAUGAUCGUGGUCACUGCGAUCGAAGAAGCGCUGGCGGCAUCCACGCGGACAUCGCAGCAGAGCGCGAUCAACGCGCUCACAGACGAGUUCCAGGUGUCCAAGGCGAAACUCAUGCAGGAUCUGCAGGGCAAGUCGACGCCGGCGCCGCUCGCGUCGCAUCGCCCGUUGCAUCUCCCGUCAACGUCGUCGAUUUCUACGUCGUCACCCGCCACGGUGUCGUCCGUGAACCUUCCUAGCGCAAUGACCGAGCCUAUGCAGGUGUACGCCGCGGCCCUUCGCUCGUCGUUUCAGGCAAAGUCGCUGUCAGUGCCAGACUUCAACCUCAUCGAAGCCAGCAUGACCGCCGCCAAGUCGUUGGUGUCCCCGACAUUAUCCACUGACUCUGCCGAGCAUGAAACCCUCCUCGUGUGGGAACUCCUCGGACACAUGACGCGCCAUCGCCCCGCCACGGCAUCCUCCCGUGCUGCCGGCGCGCGCCAGUUUUUCGAAGCGCGCUAUGCCGUGUUCAUCGAGACCAAGUUGGCCCAACUCGGCGUGCCCCGGGGUGGCGACUUUGGUCGGCGGGCGACCGUGUUAACGUACGUUCGCGACGUGCUCCAACUCCGCCCGCCGCAACAAGUAUGGGCCGUCGUGUAUUACUUGCUUCGGAGCGGUAGUUUAACGGACGCUGCCGCCGUCGCCGAGGGCCACGCCGCGUCCAGCGGCUCGACGUCGUUGCCUCUUGUCACGGAAGCGUUGCGCUUGUAUGCCUCCGACACCCCCACCAGCCCCCCACCACUGGAAAAGACCCACCCGGCACUGUAUCGCAGUUUGACGUCACUAUUUGACACGCUCUUGGCCACCCACAAGGCCAGCCCCGGCACGACCAACCGCUUCGAAGUGGCUGUGCUCAAUCUGUUGACUGGUCGCGAUCCAUUGCUGCGAAAUGCCGGCGUGAUCGACAACAUUGAGGACUUUUUAUGGCAGGUCCAGUUUUGCAGCCAGCAGCACGUGGACCCCGUCGCCGUGGCGAAAAACGUGCUGGCGCUGGUCCAACCGUCCGAAUUCAACCACACCACCCUGGGCGGAGUCUUCGAGUACGUUCGGCUGCUCGUGACGUGUCAGCAGUUUGAGGCGGCUAUUGAAUCCCUCGCGUCCAAGGGGUUUGUGGUGGAGGCCGUCCACGUUGCCAUCGCGUUGCUUUUGGCCGACCAUCACCACCACCACCGUGAGGACAAGGAGGAGGAUGAUGUACCUGUCAAGACGACUCGAGACGCAGUGUUCACGAGACUGCUGCGCCAGUACAUCCAUCAGUUCCAGACCACCAACCCCAGCGACGCCGCCAUGUACAUUGCGUGCCACCCCAACCCAGACACGGUGCGCGCACUCACCAGCGACCUCCUCCUCGAUACCCGAGCGUUUCAAGUGCUAGCGGGGUCGAUCCAUCCCGCCGACGGCUCCCGUGUGCCGGGCGCGUUGGAAUUGUAUUUGACUCGAGCAGAGGUGCGUGAGAUUGUGCUGUGGACGUCCCAACAAGCGCAAAGCCAAGGCCGACAUGUCGAUGCCCUGCAGCUGUUGGUGCUCGUGGGUGAUGUUGAAGGUGGCAUGGUGCUGUUGAAUGGCCAGCUCGUGCAAACGUUGGCCUCUCCGGAUCGUAUGACGUGGCUAAACCACGCGAGAGGGUUUGCUGACACGUGGCUGCGGACGUCGUGGGCGUUGGAUAUUGCCCUCAACCACGCGCGAAGUGCGGCGCUGGCGUUCCAGACGUUGAUGAACAUUGGGCUGUUCCUGGAGCUGCUGGACGCCAAGAAGUUCACCGACGGCAUCGUCUUUAUUGAAGCUUUGGCCUUGUUGCCAGCCCCGGGCGGGGAACAAGCGGCGGUGGACAAGUUUAUGGCGAUGGACGGCGGCGUCCAGCAAAACGUCCACUUGCUCCUUGUGGGGUACAUGGAGUGCCUUGUGUGGGAGACGGAGCGCUCGAAAGCAUCCAUCUCGGCCGUGGAAACCCAGCGGCACGUGUGCAAGCAGCUGCGGGACAAGGCGCGGGCGGUCGUAUCGUUCUCAGGGAUGAUCAAGUUCCGACUGCCGCUGGGCGUCAACGAGCGGUUGAACCAGCUCGAGAUUCGAAUGAUGUAGUCGAAAGAUGACGACGCCAAACUCUUAACACACACCCACACGCCAUAACGAUAACAAUAUCGCUACCUUAGUUGUGCAUGCUAUAAUUACUGUGAGCGUGCAUGGUGGUGUGGAUAAGGCUGUGGUGAAUCCUUCAAAACAAG